UGGGGUGCAUUUACCCGCCGCCCCCUUUUACCCGCUGGACCGGUUGGGCGGCAGCAGUUUCUUGGCAUGACGACGCCGUAGUGAGCCGUUCACGGACAGAUUCAUGCUUGUUCUGGAGGUAAACGCCGAGAACGAGUGACGGGAUGCGGUAUAUAUUGAUCGCCAUCUGGGGAUCAUCGUGAGGGUCCCCUCUGGCGAAGUCCUUUGCAGUUCAUCCUCUCCCUCGGUUUCCCCUGAGUAACUUCGGCGUCUCAACUACCUAGAAAAGAUGAAGCUGAGUGUUGCUAUUGCCGUGCUCGCAUUGGCUGUGGCCGAAGCGCACUACACCUUCCCCAGCAUUGGCAACACGGCCGACUGGCAAUAUGUCCGGACCACGACCAACUUCCAGAGCAACGGUCCCGUGACGGACGUCAACUCGGACCAGAUCCGAUGCUACGAGCGCAACCCCGGCGCGGGCGCGCCGGGCAUCUUCAACGUCACGGCCGGGCAGAGCAUCGCCUACAAUGCGAAGGCAUCCAUCUCCCAUCCGGGCCCCAUGGCCUUCUACAUCGCCAAGGUCCCGGCAGGCCAGACGGCGGCCACCUGGGACGGCAAGGGCUCGGUGUGGUCCAAGAUCUACCAGGACAUGCCCAGGCUCGGAGGCAGCAUGACUUGGCCCACAAACGGCGCCCGAUCCGUGUCCGUCACCAUUCCCCGCUGUCUGCAGAACGGCGACUACCUCCUGCGCGCUGAGCAUAUUGCCCUGCACAGCGCCAGCUCCCCCGGCGGCGCCCAGUUCUACAUCUCGUGCGCCCAGCUCACUGUCAACGGCGGCAGCGGCACCUGGAGCCCCCGGAACAAGGUCUCGUUCCCGGGCGCGUACAAGGCGACGGACCCGGGCAUCAUGAUCAACAUCUACUACCCCGUGCCCACCAGCUACACCCCGGUUGGCCCGCCGGCGGAGACAUGUUAACCGACUGAAAGGCACAGGAAGGGACCAAACUUAUUUGGAAAUGUAUAGGGUAUGAGUGGAGGGAUGUACAUAGCAUGAUGCUUGGCAUGCAUUAUCUUAGUGCUGAUAGCUUCUCCAGGGCGUCAAUGCCGCAAAUAUGAGCAAAUGGACCGCAUUCCGAACAGUGGGC